AUGGAGGAGGACGACGCGGCCGUGGCGGUGCGAGUGCUGAAGGAGCGGCUGACGUGGCAGCCGAGCGCCGUGACGAGCCGCGGAGAGCGCGGGGAGAAUGGGGAGCGCGGCGAGAGGGGAGAGAGUGGGGAGAGCGCGGAGAGCGACAGCAGCAGGCGCGUGCGGGAGGUGAUUCUGACGGCGGAAAACGAGAGCAAUCGCGAGCGGCUGCACGGCAUGCUGCGCGACGUGGCGUGCGAUGGGCUGUGCCUCUCGCUGCUUCUUCUCGGACCCAGAGGAUGCGGCAAAUCUCUGGUGCUGCAGCGUGCGUUGGCUGACCUGCGUGCAUCACCCCACUCUCCACCGUUUCUUGCUGUGCAUCUGGAUGGUCGCAUGCAUGCUGACGACCGAGCCGCUCUCAAGGAAAUGGCUCGCCAGCUGUCAGCCUCUCUGCCUCACCUCGAUUCCCUCUCCCUGCAUUCCUACUCGGACAACGUCUGGAUGCUUCACCACGUCCUCAGGCUGUGCUCUGAAGCCAGAAGAUCGCUCAUUGUGGUGCUCGACGAAUUCGACCACUUCGCCUCGAGGGGCAAGCAGGGAAUACUCUACCUGCUCUUGGAUCUCAUGCAUUCUCCCGACACACACCUGGCUGUCAUUGGUGUCUCCGCCUCUCAGGACGCGGAUCAGCUGCUUGAGAAGCGAGUGCGAUCGCGCUUCUCCAACCGCAAAAUCAUCUUCCUUCCGCCGCAGCCUCACGACUUUGUCAGAUUGCUUCACUCAACCCUCACUCUCCCAGCGCAGAGGCCACCAUCCGUCUCCCCUGCUCCUCCCAACCCUGAUUCAUCUGCUCCUCCACUUCACCACAACACCACUGCACCUGCUACCAAUGCUCCUCCUAACGCCACCGAUUCUUGGGCUGCGUUCGCAGCGGGGUUCAACGAACGGGUGGAAGCGGUUUUCCAGCAUCCCUCGGUGCUGGCCGUUUUGCUGCAGUCGACCGCGGUCAACCGCACAGCACCACACAUUUUCAAGCUCGGGUUCCGAGCAGUGUGCGAGAUGGUGAGGAGAGGAGGUCAAACUCUUUCGGUGGCUGAUUUUGAAAGGGCGUAUGCUGCCACCACACAGCCCAUCCGGCAGCAGAUGCUCUCAGAGUAUGAGUCUCGGAGAGUGGCGGCCAGAGGCUCUGUCUCUGAUGUCUUCUCUCAAGAAUCCGCCUUACAGGCUUACGGGCGGCUUAUAGAUGCCAAUUUUGUAGCGGUUGUCUCUGGGCAGCAACCAGCCAGUGUGGAGGACCUUGAAUUCUUACCUGCCCGAUUGCUGGUUACUGCAUACGAGCUAGAAGAGGCUAUCAACAAGAAUCCACGUGUUCCUCUUGAACUGAGGAAUUGGCUUCAACAAGGAUUGCAUGAAGGAGCUCCUGGCUUCGGCUCUUUCUUGAAGGCCCUGGAAUCGUCAGGCGCAUCGAAGCUGAUCGACUCGUAUGUCGCGUCCCCUUUCGGCGCGCGCACGGGGGUCACUUUCCUCGCGCCGACCGACGACGCGUUCGCGGCGAUGCCGGCGCAAGACGAGGAGAUGCUGCGCACGAUGCCGUGGGCCAUGGCGAGCCAGCUGCUGUUCCACGUCGUGAAGAAGAGACUGACGCAUGUCCAGCUGCGCUCCGCUCGCCCCGAAACUAAGUACGGCACUCUCUCCAACGUCGCCGUCGUCAAGGUGUACGCGCCCAUCCUCGAGUUCGGCCCCGCAGGCUCGCCCUACGGCCCGCAGGUGUCGCGCGCUAAUGCAUAUGUGGGAGACAGCAUUGCCGUGCAUGGAAUCACGGAUGUCAUGGACCCGGGUAUCUACUCGCGCCAGUUCAUCCGCCCCCUCGUGCAGAUGAAAGCAGUCUCUGGCGACCCUGCGCUGGCCCAGGCCCGGGCACACCAUGGGCGAGUGGCAUGCGAAUCUGUGCUGGCAGCGCUGCAGAAGAAAGGGCUCUCUCGCUUCACUGACGCGCUCCAGAAGGCCGAGCUUCAGGAGUAUCUAUGCCGCAAGCUCGAGACCCAAGAGCUGACACUGAUGGUGCCCUCAAACGAUGCUUGGGAUCACUUGGCGCCUGCUGUUGCUGACUCUAUUGCGGACAACCCACAGAAUAUUAUCCAGGUGCUACUUUUCCACAUCCUUGAGACAAGACUCACUGCAGCUGAUCUUCGCAGCUCGGCACCCGGUGACGAGCCUCCACUCUCCCCAUCCUCGUCCGCGCUAGACCUCAGUCGCCUGUCGUACGCGCUGUCCACUCCUGACGCUCUCGGUCAGUCGCUCGAAUUCAAGCAAGACCUCCCGUCGCCGGUUCAACCUGUCGGUUCGGCUCCGGCAACCGGAGGCGGCCUGUCCGUGAAGCAGUCGCUCUGUCAGGCGGUUCUGCGGAUCGUUUUGGAGAAUGUUCAGAGGGACGGACAUGGUAGAGAGGUUCAGGACUCGGUGUACGCUCUCAGCGUCAACCCACAGCGGCAUGAGGACGUGUUGCUCCACAUGCAUCUCAUCAACGAGGCUCGCACGCUCAACCAAACCGACCCAGACCAAGGCCCGGUCGUCCGGGUCCGACGGGUUUGCCUCGGCCGAGCCAAGUCGUCAGGUUCGGCAGGCGGGGGGAACGCAGGGGAAUUUCUGAGUUCCCCCAGGAGGCGGCACAGCUCGGAUUAUGCAAGCUAUAGCCCGUCCGGCAGAAGCCUGGAAGGUUCCCAAAAGGCAGCGGUUUCCGCUGCGGUAGCAGCGGCUGGCGGGAGUGCUGCUUCUGCAGGCUCUUCCGAUUCUGGAGCAUCAGGGUUACCAACAGCAGGAGGAGCAUCUGGUUUAGCGGCAGCAGGAGCGUCAGGAGCGACUCUAGGAGCAUCGGGGGCAUCAGGUCUGUCGGGGUCUGGGUCACAGCCGCAGCUUCAUGGGUCCCAUCCGGCUCGCAGGUCCAUCCCCUGUCCCGGAACCCUGUCGCGACUCAUCCCGCAACCCACAUUCGGCUCCUCCGCGCCUAACUGCUACAGCCUGAGCGGUCUAGGCUCGGCAGGUUCCUCUGCAGUGGAUUUGAACCAAGCUGCUCCCACCUCUACCGGCCGCAAAUCCGGAUCGCUUACUGGCCGGUCGCCGUUUGGGUCUGGCAGCAUCGGGAACAACAAGGGAAGCAGCAGUCAUUUCUCGUUAGCGGCGACGUUAAGGGAAGGCGUGCCGUUUUCGUCAGCGUCGGACCUGAGGGGCGACGGUUUGGGAGGAGGGCUGGGCAGCGCGGGAGGGAUGGGGAGUGCGGGAGGGAUGGGGAGCGGCGGAGGGUUCCUGGUUGGGUCGAGAGGGUCCGUGUCGAGUCUAGGGACAGAUGUGGAUGAGGAUGAGAGCCGGAGUGGGGGGUCGAGCUGGCACGGGCCGGGAGGCGUGGAAGGGGCGGAGGGCGACGGGUAUGUGUACGGGUGGGAGGUGUCGAUUGCGGCCCCGGAUAGACCAGGGCUGCUGACGUGGUUCACUUCGGCACUGGCGAAUUCGGACAUGGAGCUGAACAUCAAUGAGGCGCAUGUGUUCAGCACGUCAGAUGGCAUGGCGUUACAGGACUUUGUGGUCACCACGCCCAAGCACCACCAGAACUUCUACGCCAAUGAGGCGGAGCUACAGGACGCGUUGACACACGUGGUGCGCAUCAAGUGGAGAGAGCGGGACGUGAAGCAGGCCUCAGAGCAGAUGCAGCUGGCGAAUCUGAGAGCCGUGGUGGAGGCCAUGGCGUAUGAGGACUGGGCGGUGGACUACCAUGAUCUACGGGGGCAGUCUACGGGGGCAGUGUUGGAGGCCAUGGCGUAUGAGGACUGGGCGGUGGACUACCAUGAUCUACGGGGGCAGUCUACGGGGGCAGUGUUGGAGGCCAUGGCGUAUGAGGACUGGGCGGUGGACUACCAUGAUCUACGGGGGCAGUCUACGGGGGCAGUGUUGGAGGCCAUGGCGUAUGAGGACUGGGCGGUGGACUAUCAUGAUCCUCCGUCUCAUACACUCUCCCAUUUCCCCCUUGCCUUCCCAUCUCCCCUCUCUACCCACCGUUCCCAUCUUACCUUCACUCCCAUCCCCCCGUACCUCUCACAGCUGGGCAUAGGCGAGAGGCUGGGCGGAGGGGCGUCAGGGCGGCUGUGCAGAGGCACGUACAGAGGGCAGGACGUGGCAGUGAAGGUCAUCACGCUCGCUGCUGCUGACGAUAUGGGCGCCGCUGGGGGUGGGCUGAGGGGAGGGCCGGCCGGGGUGGGGGAUGCGGGCAUGUCAGUGUCUAUGCGGAGUGCUACGGCGCUGGAAUUGUUACAGUGCUUUAAGCAAGAGGUUGCCAUAAUGAGGAUGGUACGGCACAAGAACCUGGUACAGUUCAUCGGGGCAUGCUCCCACUGGCCGCGGCUAUUCAUCGUCACAGAGCUCAUGGCACGGGGCAGUGUACGGGACGUGUUGGACCAGAGGGGGUGCGGGCUGCCCCUGCCAGUGGCGCUCAAGAUCCUGAGGGAUGCAGCACGCGGGCUGGACUUUCUGCACCGGAGAGGCAUUGUGCACCGGGACCUCAAGGCUGCUAACCUGCUGGUGGAUGAGAACGAUGUGAGUGCCCGAGGCCUGGAUUUUCUGCACCAUAGGGGCAUUGUGCACCGGGAUUUGAAGGCUGCUAACCUGCUGGUGGGUGAGAACAAUGUGGUGAAGCUGUGUGACUUUGGAGUGACGAGACUGCUGCCAUCGAAGCAGGCAGGGCAGCUGCUGCUGCCAUCGAAGCAGGCAGGACAGCUGUGUGGGGAGCCCACUGCCAAGUCACGGCCCGACAUGACAGCAGAGACAGGCACCUACCGCUGGAUGGCACCUGAGGCAGGGCAGCUGUGUGGAGAGCCCACUGCCAAAUCACAGUCAGACAUGACAGCAGAGACAGGCACCUACCGCUGGAUGGCACCUGAGUCCCAUCAUUUCCCAGUGUCACCUGUUAAUUCUCACCGUCUCCCAUCUUCUCCCAUCAUCUCCCCUCUCCGCACAACAUAUCCCAUUGUGUGCUGUCUCACCAGGGAGGUCAUCACAGGCGACCUGCCCUACACUGGCCUCACGCCCCUUCAAGCAGCCAUUGGAGUCCUGCAAAGGAACCUACGCCCGCCUCUCCCUCCCGGCCUGCCAUCUCGCAUCAGCAGUCUCAUCACACGCUGCUGGGCUGCCGACCCUGCUGUCAGGCCAGAAUUCACUGAGCGAGUGAAGGUGUAUCGGUUGAACGACGAUGGGAAGUGGGAUGACAAGGGAACAGGCCACGUGUCAGUGGAAUAUCUCGAGAGGUUCGACGCGAUAGGGCUGGUGGAGAUUGACGAGGAGGACAACGCCCAUUGA